AUGUCUGAGCACGCGCCAGCCAUUAAUGCGUCGGAACAUUCUCUUGGACUCGUUUUGCCUUCAUUUGACGUUUCUAACCCACGUGUUUGGUUUGUUCAAGUGGAAGAUGUUUUCCGUUUUCGUAAGAUUACAUCCCAAUCCACAAUGUUUUCAUAUGUGGCUGCUCAUUUACCGUCCAACAUCGCUUCUGAGGUCAUAGACAUUCUUGACCCUAUGCCCCUAGAGUCCCCCUAUGAUAAACUUAAGGCAGCUAUUUUAAAGCGCACUACAGCCUCAGACGAAUCACGCCUUCAGCAGUUACUCUCUGGUGUUGAACUUGGAGAUAGAACGCCAUCUCAGUUACUCCGACACAUGCGUUCCCUCGUCGGUUCUUCCGCACUGGAUGAUUCCGUUCUCCGCCAGUUGUGGAGUAAUUGUCUUUCUGCGAAUACCACGGCUAUUUUAGCUGUGCUUGCCGACGAUCUUCCGCUAGACAAACUGGCAGAA